CUCCCAUUUCUUCUUCAUAUAGGCACCAGCUAUACCGCUCGCACUCGCCAUACCGAAAGAAACUAGCAGGGAAGCCUCCGAAGAGAGCAAGGCAUGCAUGGAGCUCGCAGCGGCAGGGCUAGGAAGCCUCCUCCCCAAGCUUGGCACCCUUCUCAGGGAUGAAUACAAGUUGCAGAAGGGGGUGAGGGGGGAGAUCAGGUUCCUGCAAGCUGAGAUGGAGAGCAUGCAAGCUGCCCUCAACAGGGUGUCGAAGCAGCCGGCUCAUCAGAUUGAUGAGCUUAACAAGCUCUGGGUGAGGGACUUGAAGGAUCUGGUCAAUGAUAUUGAGGACAGUGUUGAUGCAUUCAAGGUCCGGGUCUAUAAUGAUCCUGAACAAGCAAAGCCGCAUAGCUUCAGAAGAUUUUUCGACAGGACCAUUCGCUUGCUGACCAAGGCCAAGAGUCGCCAUCAUAUCGCUGAUGACAUCCAAGACAUCAAGAAACGCAUCAAUGAGGUUUCUAAAAGGAAAGAUAGUUAUAACACUUCAAAUGUUGUUGUUCAGCCUGAUACAGUCGAUAUUGAUCCACGCAUGCCAUCUCUCUACCAAGAUGCAGCAAAGCUUGUUGGCAUCGAUGGCCCUACACAGAAGCUUGUCGACUUGCUAACAAGAGGAGAAGGUGUGAAAAAACUGAAGCUAAGGGUUGUCUCUAUUGUUGGGGUGGCAGGCCUUGGCAAAACAACCAUUGCCAAUUCCAUGUAUGAAAGAUUACAGGGACAAUUUGAGAGUCAUGCUUUUGUGUCGGUUUCACUUAAACCAGAUAUGAAGCAGAUUCUCAGCAGCAUACUCCGGCAAGUUAGUAAAGACAAGUGCAUUAAUGCUGGAGAAAAGGAUCGGGAUGAACUUCUAAGGAGCAUCCGGGAAUUCCUCCGCGAGAAUAGGUACCUCAUAGUAAUUGAUGAUGUAUGGAAUGUAGAAGCAUGGGAAAUCAUCAAGUGUGCUCUUAUUGACAAGAAUGUUGGAAGUAGAGUUAUUGUGACAACCCGUAACAUGGAUGUGGCUAAAUCCUCUUCACUGGAUGGUGAAGUGUAUGAACUGGAUCCUCUCUCUGACAAGGACUCCAGAAGACUUCUUUGUAAAAUGAUAUUUAACGAAGAUGAUGGAAUUUAUUCUGACAUGGAAGAGGUAACAAUGAAAAUUUUGAAGAAGUGUGGAGGGAUACCAUUAGCUAUCAUUACUAUUGCAAGUAUGUUGGCUAGUAUGCCCAAAACAAAGUAUGAAUGGUAUGGUGUGUACAAUUCCAUGGGUUCUGGACUUGAAAAAGACAAGACAUUGGAUAAUAUGAGAAAGAUAUUACAUCUUAGUUAUAGUGACAUGCCUUCCUAUCUAAAGCCUUGUUUACUGUAUCUAAUCAUGUUUCCUGAGGAUUACAAUAUUUCACGAGGUGACUUGGUGCGGCUUUGGGUAGCAGAGGAUUUUGUUGAUGGAAAAAAGGGGAGCAAUUUAUAUGAUACUGGAAGAAGGUACUUCAAUGAGCUUGUUAAUAGAAGCAUGAUUCAGCCAACUUACAUCAAUAGAGUGGGUGUUCCACAAGCUUGUAGAGUACACGAUAUGAUACUUGAUCUCAUCAUUUCUCUUUCGGCACAAGAAAAUUUUUCCGUCAUAGAUGAAGGUCUACGCCUAAAAUCAACAGUCUGCAAGAUUCGACGAAUGUCGCUGCAGGGUAAAGUAGAUGGAAACCGAGAAAAUAGCAAGAAAGAACAAAUGAUACUGCCAACAACAGUAAAUAUAUCCCAUGUCAGGUCACUGAUUGUUCUUGGUAACGCAGUUAAAAAUUGAUGCAACCUUUGUCAAGGUUUUCAUUUCUUCGUGUUUUAUGUUUGAAAAAUGUUCCUAGUAGGAUUAUUCAUCCCAAGGAUCUAGGGAGUUUGCAGCACUUGAGAUAUCUGGAAUUAGGUGGUGAGGUUGAACCAGGGCUUCUAGAAGGAAUUGGAAACCUAAAGCUUUUGAAGACAUUGGAUUUAUGGGGCCCGUCCAUAAAAGAACUACCAAGCAGCAUUGUUCAGCUACAAGGACUUGAACAUCUAUUACUGGAUAGGGGUUUUCAGCUGCAAGGACUUGAACGUCUAUUAGAGGAUAGGAAUAGAGGAGGGUUGAAGCUUCCAGAUGGAAUUGGUAAUCCGACUUCCCUUCAAGAGCUGUCAGUGCUCGAUGUGAACAAAUCACCAAACACUCUGGCUGAGCUAGGUAAACUUACAGAACUACAGACCCUCACAAUAAAAGGAAUUAAUGAUAAUGAGAGUUAUAUGAAGACUUUUCUGGAGACUCUAUCUAAUCUACACAACCUUCGGACUCUUUAAUUUUAUGGUACGGGUAGACUCUUUACGGGUGGACCCAGUUCCCUAGAUAUCAUGUCCGAUCAGUGGAGGGGGCCUGCACAUCUACAAAGCUUUAAUGGGGACGAAAUCUUCUCUGUGUUGCCAAGGUGGUUUUCCACCCUCUCUGAGCUCUCCUCCUUGUCCAUCAGGGUCAAAGUGAUAAGACAGGUUGAUCUCCAACUGCUUGGAGCUUUACCCGUUCUACGUUUGCUUAGAUUAGAAGUAGUUCCUACUGGCACCACUGUAGAACGGCUGGUCAUUGGAGGUGAUCGGUCCUUCCGUUCUCUAGCAGAGUUUAAGUUUAUGCACUUUUCAAGAUGCUGGCUGGUGUUUGGACAAGGAGCGAUGCCAAAGCUUCAAUGGCUUGAGUUACACUUUGAAGCGCGGAAGAGAGAAGGUGGUGGUAUUGAUGUUGGCUUGGAGAACCUCACGUCCCGUAGACAUGUCACCGUCACAGUUGACUGUGACGGAGCCAGGGCCAGGGAGGUGGAGGAUGUCGAGACCAGCAUCCAGGAUGCAGUUGACAACCACCAGAACCAUCCGACUCUCCAGCUGUCAAGACGUUUCGAUGAUAUGAUGAAAGAGGAUGAGAACAAAGAUGUAAGUGAGGUUUCUGCAAAGAUGAGAACAUAUCAUUGCCAAGAAUAAAGGAAUUAGAUGGCAACAGAUUAGCAAUCAGGCGUCCGUAUCGACAGCAUGUGACGCGCCGGGAACAAGAACCACUACGUGAGAAACACAGAUUUGUAAUGGGCACGGAUGGCCCUUCCGUAACGGGCCUAGCAACCGUUACUAUUAUCGGGUUACAAAUGACAGUAUAAAGGUAACGGGCGCAUGCCCGUUACACAGAGCACAUAAUCGUAACGUGCUCUAAACCUGGCCCGUUACAAAAAGCUGUGACCCAUAACACAAACUUGAGUUUUCUGUGGGCCCACAGAGCAAAAUUGUAACGGGUGUCUGUCAAACACCGUUACAAGUACUUAUAUUUUGUAACGCCAUGCUAACAAAGACCGUUACCUUUUAUAAUAUAGGUAACAGUAGUUGUACGGAGCCCGUUACAAUAUGUGGUUACCCAUGACCAAA